CUUCCUCCGCCAGGAUGGGCUGCGCGGGACUAAGUGAUCGGCCUCGCGUCGGGUGGGUAAUCACCGUCUGAUCUCUGCCUGUGAGCUGUGGACUGCUGGGCAGCGUGAACCUGGGGUUCCCGGGCAACGCUGCGAUGACCUGAUCCGGAGUCCAACAGGACGCCCCCUUCUUCCUUCACUGGCUCGGAGCCUGUGCGGAGACGGGCUCGGGGCGACGGCCGGGGAGCUCUAGUUAAAGGUGUGUGGGUGCCAAGCUGGAGAGGACACGUUCGGUAUCGCUGCCUUUGAAGGGGGCUUGUUUAAUCUACUGAGUCAUUCCAGAUUUAGGAUUCCCUAAAUAAUCACCAACUGUGCCCGGCUCGUGCCAGGAAGCGAUCGGAAAGAGAAAGAGCGCCCGCUCUUGGGACCUCUGGUAUCUCCAGUGCUCGCCUCCCAAGGGUUUCUCCCUGAGGGGUGCUUAGACCUCGAGGAUCUCCCUCCCCCCCUUUUCCUUAUCCCUCCUUCCUUCCCUCCUCCCUUGCCUCCCGCUCUCUUUGCAGCGCUGCUGGCGGGUAGUCUUGCUCACCACAGCUGGAAACAGAGGUGCCCCUUCCCCACACCCUUACCCUGACUCCGGCUAACUGCUCCCACUUCGCGCCUCUCAGAAUUCCAGAACUCGGGCAGCCAGCCCCCGGAGAACGGCAGCCAGCGCGAUGCAAUCCAUAGACCUCACCCAGCCGGGACGGACCUCCUAAUCUCCAGAACUGCGGGCUGCAGGGAGUUAAAUUGCUGCCUUCCUUUCCUUCUCUCGCGGUUGGUGGCUUGUUUUCUAAAGGAACGUUUUAUUCACUUUUUAGUAUUUUCUACCGGUGGCACGCUACCCGCCGUGGUCCAGCCUCUGCUUUGUAAACGGGUUUUAUAUGUAUGUAUGUGUAGAUGUACUUUGGACACCUUACAACGCUUGCACCUAUCCAACAGGGGGACGGCUUGUUGUUUUGGACAUCCUUCUUUCCCCUCCACUUGGUACUCCGAACGCAGUGUGACCAAACUCCCUACUGCCCCUUGGAUGCGGAUUGCUUUGGGGUGCAAGUUUGGGGUGCAAGAGUCUAGUUAACAGGAAGGCCUGGGACUGCCCCGCCCCCGCCGACAGCGGUUGGGGAAGUUUACAUCUGGAUUUUCACACAUUUUGUCGCCACUGCCCAGAUUCUGACUAACCCUGUGGGCGCCAGGUUUUCGGUACUGUACUGCAGCCUCCUCAAAUAUUAGCACUGCCUCCCCGCGCCUGCCCUGUCCCUCCUGGCUACUGAGGUCCUGCCCUCGCCCCAGCGGAACUCGAUCCCGAAGGCGCCGGGGAGCCCGGGGUCUGGGGCCCGCGCUGAGCAGCUAUGGCUGCGGCUAUAGCCAGCUCCUUGAUCCGGCAGAAGCGACAAGCGAGGGAGUCCAACAGCGACCGGGUGUCGGCCUCCAAGCGCCGGUCCAGCCCCAGCAAAGACGGGCGCUCCCUGUGCGAGAGGCACGUCCUCGGGGUAUUCAGCAAAGUGCGCUUCUGCAGUGGCCGCAAGAGGCCAGUGAGGCGGAGACCAGAACCCCAGCUGAAAGGAAUUGUGACAAGGUUAUUCAGCCAGCAGGGAUAUUUCCUGCAGAUGCACCCAGAUGGUAACAUUGAUGGGACCAAGGAUGAAAACAGCGACUACACCCUCUUCAAUCUAAUUCCCGUUGGCCUGCGUGUGGUGGCCAUCCAAGGGGUGAAGGCCAGCCUCUAUGUGGCCAUGAAUGCUGAAGGCUAUCUCUACAGCUCAGAUAUUUUCACUCCGGAAUGCAAAUUCAAAGAAUCUGUGUUUGAAAACUACUAUGUGAUCUAUUCUUCCACACUGUACCGUCAGCAAGAAUCAGGCCGAGCGUGGUUUCUGGGACUCAAUAAAGAAGGUCAAAUUAUGAAGGGGAACAGAGUGAAGAAAACCAAGCCCUCGUCACAUUUUGUACCAAAACCUAUUGAAGUGUGUAUGUACAGAGAGCCAUCACUACAUGAAAUUGGAGAAAAACAAGGGCGUUCAAGGAAAAGUUCUGGAACACCAACCAUGAAUGGAGGCAAAGUCGUGAAUCAAGAUUCAACAUAGCUGAGAACUCUUCCCUUCGUCCCUUCUCAUCCCUUCCCUUUUCCCCUCUCCCCUUUACCCAUUUCCUUACAAUAAAUCCACCCAAGGAGAGAAAAAUAAAAUGGCAACGCAGCACCCAGUGGUGAAGAUUCUGCACUCAAAAUCUUCCUUUGUGUAGGACAAGAAAAUUGAACUAAAGCUUUCCUGUUGCAAUGUGAUAGAAAAUGCAUAUGCACAAAGAUUAGCAUAUAUAUGCACAAGGGGAAAAAUAAAUCAAGACUCUACAAACUUUAAAGUAAACUGUGCUGUUAUUAAUAGAGGGCUAAUUGUAAUGAAGACAUAACUAUCGUAAAGAAGAAAUAAAGUUAUUACAUUAAAGAACAGGGUUUUGGAGAAUUGAACUUACAAAUUGAUGUAAUGCUCUCAGUAGCUUAAAGUCUGGAUAAUGCUGUGAUGAGAGCUUUGUUUUGAUUUUAAGUUUUCUUUGGGCAUUUGGAAUUGACACAUAAGUGCAUCCUGUUUCCUGGAUUUUUCUUUUUUUUACCAUGAUAUUGAACACGUAUGAAUUAUAGAUUCGUCCAAUGCCACUAAGGUAUAUAGGCAGGAGUCACUAUCAAGAAAAGUUUAAAAGUGUUAAUUUAAGAUUGUUUAGGUGUUUAUAUGUGGAAUCUAAUGGUAUGAGCUGAUUUCAUUCCUUCAUAAAGAGAGUUUCAGAUUCUCCUUAAAACAGAUCAUAUUUUUAUUAAAUUUGUUAAUUUAGGAUCUCAUUUUUAGUAAUUUAGAAAAAAAAAUUAUUUUGCUAAGGCUGAAGUAACUUUUUAGAAUUAUUUGUUAUUACUAUGCCCAGGCAGUGAUGUACAAGUUACAUGCUCUUACUAUUUGUGGAUUUUUAACUUUGUGGAUACCUUUGAGAGUAUAGGUGCAUGUUUAGCUGUCUUAGAGAGUUUUAUACCAUCUCUUGCAUCAGGAAAGAACAAAGCGGGGGCUUACACAAGGAAAUACAUCUUAGGAAAUUGAUCAAAGCAAAUUGUGUUUGCCUUUAUAACUUACCAGGGUUUUAUGUAUGUAUACAGCAUUUUCCAAACUCUGCCGUGAUAUUGGGAGGCAUGGCUGUGAAAUUCCUUAUUUACUAUCUUAUAAAGCAGGUGACUUGUUUGUUGCUAUCUAUCCUCGUUUAUAAGUCUAGGCGACCAUAAGUGUGUCUCCUAGAACACAGAGGAGUAUUUCGAAUAGAUUGUACUUUCCAGAAGCAUAGAGAAACAAUAUGGAAUUGACAGCUAUGGUUCCAACAGACAGGGUUUUGUGAGCAGCUUAAAAUAGUAAAAAGAAACAAACAAACAAAAGUCUCAGUGUAAGACUAGGGGAAUUCAGUUAGGAGUACUAAAGUAUUAGAAAAAUGUUAGAGAAGACAUGAACACCAUGUAAUUGCCUUGGAAAAAUAGAUCUACUUAGUCAUACAAAUCAGGAAUGGUGUAGGGAUAUCCAAAUUAAAACGAAACAAAACAGAAUGUUAAGCAGAUUUAUGGAUAUUAUCAAUGAGAAGACUUAGCAUGUUACUUCUCCUAUAACUCUACAGUCCAGCAUGUAUUGUUCCAAAUAUGACUCCCUAAAAUAAAUACACUUUGCAGAGGUCUAGGUCCUCACUUCAAUGACCUUUCCAUUGGUUGCUGUAUUCCAUCAAGGUCACUGUAGUUUCCCUCACUCUACACAAUCAUUAUUCUCCAAUAGUGGUUUGUGUACUUCACCAAAUAUUCUAUUUAUGUUAUCAGGAGGUUAGAAAAUGAAAUGGAACUGUUUGCCUAAUCAAUUGCAAAGAAGAAAAAUUAUGUAUCUAGGCAAGGAUUUUGAACACAUAUUUGCAAGAAACAUUUGUUUAACCAAAAUAUUUGGAAAGUAACAAAUAAAGGAAUCUAAAUUUAAAAAGAAGAAGAAAAAGAAGAAGAAGAAGAAUGUUACUCUUCUAGGGAAAGAUACCCUUGUAAAAAAAAAAAAGAAAAAGAAAUCUGGUUGUAUUUCUCUUUGUCACUCUUGAUUCAACUUGAUUAUAAACACACCUGUCACUUUCAGGACCAAACAAAUCCCAAGCACAAAGCCUUAUUUUCUUUGAAGAAAUAAAAAGAGGCUUCCACAAAAUAGGUCACAAGCUCAUUUAGCAUGAAAUGACUUGAGCUUUUAUGAUGAUACAUACACACGCAUGUAGACACUCGCCAUAAACUCAUUAGUAACACAAUUGACAGUUUCACAAAGUGUUAUCAAUUAUACUGAUGAUUUCAUGACAGAAUAUAUUUAAUCCAGUAAAAUAUUAUGAAAAAUAUGAUGAGAUAUGAAUCUCCAACAAAAUUCUUCCCUCUAUUUUCAAUGUCUGUUCUUCAUUUAUCAUCCACACUCACAUUUGUCUCCUUCCUGAUAGCAGUUAAGAGGCAGAGUUCUAACUCGCCAAUUAGUAUAUGUUUUUCUUUCUCCAUGUCAUUUAAGCAAAUACUCACCACAGUAAAAUGCUUUGGAAAUUAGAUAUGUCUUAUUUACAAUUGAGUUCAGAGAAUGUAUUGGAAACCUUAUACUACUGUUCCACAUUAACCUGACAGAAGUGUGGUUUAGAGCACAGGACAAAUGUUUGUUUAACUGCUGUUUACCUUGUAAAAACAUAAAACCUUCAGUUAGAAAACACCAGUAUUCACUGUCUAGGUUUUUAAAAAAGUACUAAAUGUAAACAUAAAAUUAUCUGAUUUCCUCAAAAAAUACGAGCCAGUUUAAAUAGUUCAUUUUUCAGGUUUAUUGCAAGUAAAAUAAUUCUUUACUUUGAUUUUCAUUAUACCAAUUUCUGGGUCUCAAUUCUUCCAUCAUUUAUUCUCCUGUAAGUGAAUUAAAAAAAAAAAUUCAUUGGGAUAUUCUCAGGAGAAAUAUGACUUUUAGCAAAUCUUUGUAUUUGGCUAUGUACAUAUAAGUUAAGACAUGUUUACUCUAGAGCCCUUGUUGUACCAUGGUUCAAAAUCACUGGACUUAAGAAUGACAACAAAACUUUUGAGAAUCUCACCAAAUAGUUUUCUGGUCAAUAUACCUAGUAACUUGAUUUUUAAGCUGGGAGUUUGAGGUAUAGAAACAAAUGGUGCUGAAGUUCCAUUUGCUAAUUCAGAGACCUCUGUGCUUCCGGAAAGUGGAAGACAGCAAGUCAUUCUAAUCCUGAUCAUAGUAAUAGGUUGGGUUUUGAAUUUAUAUAUUAAUUUCAUAGCAUAUUUUUAGUCACUAUGAACCAACCCAGUUAAGAGACAUCAAUUUGAUGUACAUUGUGGCUUUUUGGACCCAAUUGUAAUCCAGGUGGCUUUUUAGAAGAAUUCUUCUAUUUAAGAAAAUGACAAUGCUGUAGAUAAGUCUUAUAUAUAGAUUGGUGGUGGUGUGGUGCCACUAGCAAGAGAUGAGAGUAUAAAGACAAAGUAAAGGAUCAAGAAUGGCUUCCAGUGUAUCGAAAAGCUUGAUGGUCCUAAUUGGGGACCACUCAUUCUUGGAGAAGAAGCAUAACUACAUCACUAAUUGUUUUAAACAGACCCAGAAAUAGCAAAUCGAUUCCACUUUCAUGGCUUAAUCUACAAGGCCUUGCUCUGAGAAGGGUUUCCAUGACAUUGCUUAAUUUCAUCUGCACAAGGUGAAUCACAUUCACACAUGAAAAUUCCCUGCUCAUUUUAACAUCAUAAAAGGCUGAGAUUAUUUCUCUGUCAUAAAAUUGUAAAUAGCAUUUUUUAAGUAAGAAUCAAGUUUCAAACAGUGAAUUGUUCUACAAAUAUAUAUGUGUGUAUAUAUACAUAUGCUUCUGAAAUAAGGAUAUAUUAUAUAGAGUUUUUAUUUGAUUUGUGGUAUUUAGUCAUAGGUAAUCAAAAAGAUUUGAAUGCAAAAAUUUAUAUAUAAAUGUAUAUUUCUAAUGAUAGUAUAAAUUGCCACUUUAUAAUAAAAAAAGGAAACAGACGGGAAUGAAACUCAAAGCACAUGCUCCUUCAGAACUUCAGUGCUUCUUUGAUG